AGAUUUAAAAAUGAAUUUAGUUAGUUUAUCGAGUGUAUGAUCGAUCAUCGAUCUAACGUUUACAACUACAAGUAGUCGAGCUGAAGUAAAAUAUGUAAAUUGAAUUUUCUCAAUUUUUUCCAGAUUUUCGAACGACUCAAGAACCCAAGAAUUCAUCAAUUCUACUGAUAUAGUCGUUUUCCGUUGGCUCUUUAUUGAACCGUACUUACGCAUAUAUUAUCCAACAUGAAAUUUAUUUGGGACGUCUUACACAUGCAACUUGUUGGACAUAAUAAUGAAAAUAAGUAGGUGUCAUGGUAUCAAUCAUUCAAAAAAACUUCAAUUACACGACAGGGUUUGCUCGUGUUCUGUGUGGUUUGUAAAUCAACGUGCGAUGAUGAAUUUUUUAAUCAGAGAUUCUCUGUUGUGCAGAAUAUUUCAAAUUUGGAUGUACAUCGCUUCAUGAUUGAUGAAGAACUCUUAUUUUAUUUCGGUACCACGUCUUUAAAUGAGCUCCCACGUUAUGAAUUGAUAAAAUUUCCUCGGGUUUCGAAUAUUGAAAAUUUAAGAUUCACAGCUUUCAAUAGAUUUUACGAUUUGUAUUUUGAAAACAAUGAUAAAUUGUUGAGUCCUUAUUUUCGAUGGUUUGUGGUGGACGAUGAUGAUUACCACUUGAAAGAAACUGAUCGAAAUAAUUGUCACUAUUUGCACAAAGAAUCUAAUUUAAUCGUGGCGUUUAGUUUUUGUGAAAAGAAUGUGAAUGGUUUGAUUUUACACGAUAACACAGCUUUAGAAAUCAUCUCAUUGAACGAUCGUUUGCAUCGAAUUUUGAAUCAUGACAACAACGAAGAAAUAAUCAAUAUAAUCAAACCUGCGUUUUUGGACGUGGAAGCUUCAAAUUUUGACGACGAUAAUCAUGUCCUAAUUCAAGAUAAUAAUCUUCCAUUCAGGAGGUUCAUGAGACGUUCCUCCCCUAGUUAUCGACAAGUCGAAAGUGCAUCGAAUAACAAAUUAACUUUGGAAGUAGCUGUAUUUUUUGACGAAAUUGCGUAUAAAACGUUCGCUCCGUAUUUCGAAUACGAUACUAGCCAAAUGAAAAAUAUGUUACUAGCCUACAUGAACAUGGUUCAAGCAUUAUAUUACGAGCCCAGUUUAGGAAUACCUUUGGACAUUGUACUGGUGCAAUUGGAAAUCUUCAAGCAGCAGCCUCAAGAUUUACCUCAUUACAAUGGCGAACGAAGUCUUCUUUUAGAUUCCUUUUGUAUUUAUAAUAAAAAACACAAUAAGCCGAACGACGAUGAUGUUAAUCAUUGGGAUAUGGGUCUAUAUGUAUCUGGGCUUGAUUUUUAUGCGGUUGAAAAUGGCGUUAGAAGUGGGGGAACAAUGGGUCUGGCUACUGUUGGUGGAGUCUGCACUGAAAGAUAUUCGUGCAUAAUUAGCGAAUUUGGAGCUACCAAUGAGUACGGAAAACCUUACCCUUCAGCCGGAUUUUCAUCUGUGUAUAUUUUAGCUCAUGAAAUCGGACACAACUUAGGAAUGCAUCACGAUGGAACUUCGAAUAAUUGUCCUAAAGAUGGCUACAUAAUGUCUCCUUCUCGAGGCGUUUACGGUGAAACAAUUUGGUCAUCUUGUAGUGCCUCUGUUAUGUACUCUUUGAGCUCAACAGCUCCUUGUUUAUGCGAAGUAACUUCACGGAAGACAGAUUUCGAUCACAAUAAAUUCUCGUUGAAACCGGGUCAAUUUUGGAAUGCUAAAAAGCAAUGUGAGAUUUUGCUGAAAGAUGUUAACGCAUUCGUGAUGAAUGCUACUCAGGAUAUGUGUACCAAUUUAAUGUGCCAAUCAACCCAUAAGUCUGGUUUUUAUCACGCUGGACCUGCUUUGGAAGGAACGAAAUGUGAUGAGAAUAAGUGGUGCGAAGAUGGAAACUGCGUUAGGAUGAAAACAAUCCCGAAUUUAAAAAUUGUAAAAGGAGGAUGGUCCGAUUGGAAAAAUGUAGGAUGUAAAAGUGCUUGUAUGGUGAAAUCAAAAGGUUAUCAGAAAAAAACACGAACUUGUACAAAUCCAGCUCCAGUCAACACUGAUGAAGGGUGCAAAGGUCCAGCAGAAGAUGUUCAAUUGUGUAAAGACGAAAAAAUUUGCAAAAAAACAAAAAGAUUGAACGUUGUUGAUUAUGCUACGUUCAAGUGUCAAGAGUUCAGUAAACUUCUACCGAUAUUAGAACCAAACGGAACUGGUAUUCAAGCUCCUUACGAAGAAGAUAGGUUAUGGACCGCUUGUGCGAUAUUCUGCAAACGAAAGAGCUCAGAUACAUUUUAUAGCCCUCGUCUUGAUCUAAAUGAUAUGAAAGUUGAUCCAUAUUUUCCAGAUGGUACUUGGUGCCAUACCAACGGUAAACAAGCUUAUUACUGCUUGCAGCAUUUGUGCCUUCCCGACAAUGAUUUACGCAGAAGUAAAAAUUUUUCACCUUCAAAUAGCGAUUUAUAUGUUCCUCAAGAUGCAAGCUUCGAUGUUAAUCUAACGCCGGAAGAAAUUCAUCGAUAUUUAAGCGUAGAUAUGAAUGGUGCUCCGCUAUUAACAACUUUAAAACCUAUCAACGAUUUCCAACCUAACGAAUGGAACGUAGAUUUGAAUACUCUAUAAACGUGGGUUGAAUAAUCUGAAAAAUUGAAGGUAUAGGAACAUCGAUGAAGGCAGAGGAAUCUCGAAGCAUGGAAAAUAUACGUACUCGAAUAAAUUCAUUAAAAAUUUUUAAUCACAAAGGAACGCAGAACAAACAUUUAAAUGUAAACCACAGAUUUAAAUAAUAUCACAAAAUUAUGACGUAGAUUGAAAAAAAAAAAUACAUAAACUAGUUACUAUCAACUACUGAGAUAACAAAUUUUCCAUUCCAUGCGAACAGACGUUCUCUUCGUAAAUACCUACCAAGUAAAGUGAUCGGUGCCAAGGUACCGGGAAUAUCCUUUUUGGAUAACAUAUCAGCGACAUCGUCGUUAAAAUCGUUUAUACUUUGUUGCAAUACGAUCGGCGAAUAAUAAGUGGUAUUAGGACUAAGAUCAGGUGUAUUAAGAAUAGACGUGAGUUUGAAAUCAAAGUCUCCAGAUAACGCUAUUCGACUAUCGUUACAAUAGGUGACAAAAACAGCGUGUUUUAAAUUCGCAUUUUGUGAAACGAACGUCCACAAUAUGACUUGGUCAAAGAUUUGUUUAUAUCCACGAGGUAUAUCAACAGGUAACAAAACUGUACCGGGUAUUUCUCCUGACCACCAUAAAUACUUAGGACCGUUCAAUUCGGCGUACAGCGAUCCGCCGAGAACUUCUCCGCCGUAUCUGGUGUAAGGUCUGUACGACGACGAUUUACUUUCUUCUGCAGUUACUUUCGGAAGAACUAGUGUGAGUUCUCCAUUCCAGUGGAAUCUACUUUCUACGUAAUGUCCUUUCAUAAUUAAACGAGAAUACUGAUUUAAAUCCCAUUCGGUGAUUUCUUCUAUUUCCGUGAUAUCGAAUCCGACGUCUUCGUUAUCGGUUAAAUAAAUAACAGUAGUGUAGAUUCGAAUCGACUGAAUUAAUUCUUCGUAGCCGCUUAAAUUCAGCGAGAAUCUACCUUCGUGCCACAUAACCGCAUCGUCUUGUUUUUCGGCCAGCAUGAAAGUUCCGGUGAAUAAGCCACCCAUAUCGAAACCGGACCAAGAUACAGGGUAUGCGGCUAUAUCGGCCUUCUCUAGCCAACUCA